GAUAAAAUCAAGAUAAGAUCAAAUGGGAUAGUGUCCGAUAACCAUUGCGCUAUAUAAGGAAUCACGACGAUUGUCGUGAUACAUUAACACACUGGAACUAACUUAAGUAAGUUAACACCACCUCUCAAAAUGAAGCUCGCCGUUGUUGUCCUCGUUCUUUUGCCAUUUGCCCUUGCUGCAAGCGUUGAUCACAAGAGGUUCAUCGAAUCCCUGCUAGGCGGCUAUGACAUCGUUGGCCUGGCGAAGCAGCUGCUAUCACAGUUCGGAACCGAUGAAACCGAACAGCAGUGUGAGAAUCAGUUUUGCCCAGAGUUGGUCGAUAAAAUUGACGGCCACAACACUCUGAUCACACACAUUAUCUGCGCUGCUGUCUGCAAAGAGGCGCAAGUCUUGUCCUCGCACUAUCUCUCAACUGUGCCACCAAUUGGAGGAAAAUGAACAUUUUAUGUCAUGAUUUAAAUGCUUUCUGUAAGCCUUAAAAUAAGCAAAAUAAAGUGAAAGCUAACUAA